UUGUGCUGUCAAAAAUGACAAGUUGUGAAUCUGCGCGAAAACAAAUCGAUGUCGAAAAGUCGCAGAAUCCGACCUCGUCGGUUAGUUUCGCGGAAAAUGUACGAAAAUCUAACAUAAACGGGACGAAGCCAUGGCCUUGAAACUACAACAAGGUCCAAUGUAUGGCAAAUAAUCAUGUGACGUCAUGUUUAUUAUAACUAUUAACAAAACUUAGUCUAAACGGGCAGUCAUGUCUCGGCGCUCGCUGUUUCUACUCGCAGCUACGUUAGUGGUGCUUCACUUUACUAUAAUCGUGUUUAUGCUGAGCCCACUGCACGGUUCGCGGCGAACGUUCUACACGAGCGGUUACCAUCAUCGCUACUCGAUGCGCGGGGCACCCAGUGUGGCAUGGUGCAAAGAUCUCCACUUUAAACCCCCUGGGCCUGUUGUAGCCCUGAUAUCUCACCCCGGUAGUGGUAAUACAUGGCUGCGCUACUUAUUACAGCAGGUUACAGGUGUCAUGACCGGGUCCAUAUACAUGGACUAUGGGCUGCGGACACACGGGUUCCCGGCAGAGAAUGUCACAGACGGCACCGUCCUGGUUGUGAAGACUCAUGAAGCACCUCCGGUGGACUCUGACAAGUUCCAAGCUGCUGUGCUGUUGAUUAGGCACCCUAAAGAUGCUAUUUUGGCCGAGUACAACAGACUGCACAAAGGACACAUCGGAACGGCGCCGAAAUCAGCAUUCAAAAGGAAAUCGCACGAACAUAGAAUGACAGACUGGGUGAAGUUCGUGUCUUACCAGCUCACAGCGUGGGAGUCGCUACACGAGCUGUGGCUCACUCGCUUCCCGGGCCGGAUACUGGUAGUGCUAUACGAUACCCUGGUGCGUGACACCGGGCCUUCAUUACAACGAAUACUGGACUUCCUCAACCAUACUGUGACUAAGGAUGACAUGAGUUGCGCGUUAGCCAACCGCGAGGGCAUCUACCGGCGGCGGAAGAAACUACAAGACUUCGACCCGUUCACGGCAGACAUGUACCAGGCGCUUGACCGGGCGCAUGGGCGGGUACGCGACUUAGUCGCAAACUAUAGUCGUAAGCAUAACCUCACACAAACGAGACUUGAAAACGUCGCUCCAUUGAAGUAGGAGUAUUCGACCUGUUCCAGGCGCUUGACCGGGCGCAUGGACG